AGUGACUGUCGUGAGCUGGUUUGAGACGAGCGAGGCGGUCAUGUGAUACCAGGGCAUAAAACAAUUCCUCGAGCCUCUCCCUCCUCUCUCAGUGUCGUGAGCGAGUGUGAGUGUGUGAAAGUGAGUGAGUGUGUGUGCAAAAAUGCCAGUGAGGAGGGGCCAUGUCGCCCCGAGGACAACUAUCAUCGAAACUAUCAUCAGGAAAUUUGAUACGCACAAUCGCAGUUUCGUUGUAGCCAACGCGCAGCAGGAUUCGUGUCACAUCAUCUACUGUUCUGACGGUUUCUGCAGAUUGUCCGGCUACAGCCGGGCCGAGGUCAUGCAGCGACCGGCAGUCUGCGACUUCCUCCAUGGUCCCCUCACAUCUCAACAGGCCGUUUCCGUCGUUAAGGAAGCCCUCGCUGCGGGGACGGAGAAGCACUUCGAAAUACUUUAUUACAGGAAGGACGGAACCAAGUUUUUAUGCAGUGAAGUCAUAGCUCCCGUCAAAAGCGAAGUGGACGACAUAUGCCUUUACAUUAUCAACUUCGAGGACCUGACCUCACCCUCGAGCCCUCUAGAUGAUACUACGCAUAACCACAGACUCAGUAAAUUUGACCGAGCGAGACAGUCGUUCAGACAGUCGCUGCGGAUGGGACCACUGAGGCGGCCAAGGACCGGAGGAGGGUACCUUAGUCCACCUCCGACAACUACCGAAGAAUCUGAGUCUAAUAUUACUCCAAGCCCCUCACAACAAGGAAGACUGAGUGCCGAGCAAACAACGACAAUUGAAACUGAUAGACUGAGCCAGGGAGGCAACCGAAUCAGUGCCUCAUUCCCAAGCGCCCCUAUUGCCUCACCCGAACAGGUUUCACAACAACUCUGGGAUACAGGAGAAGUGCCUCAUGCCAGUUCUCUGGAUGGGAUCUCUGGACGAAGGGCGGUCUCGAGAUCCCCAGAGCCCCCAAGGCCCCCCGCAAGAAGCGCGACUUGCUCCGUCCUGCCGAGUUCGAAAACGCAAGAAGACAUUCCAACCAGACCCAGACCGCAUACACUCGAUAACUUUUCCGAAGCAACGAGAAAUCAUGUAGCCAAGUGUUUUCCAAUAACUAGCUCCGAGUCGGAUCUUCAAAGAUACAGGACAUCCGCUCUUUGGGACCCAACGGCAUCGCUAAGCAACCUAGCGUCGGAAAGCAUAAAACACAAGUAUUCGAUACAAGACAAUGGCUCGGCGAAGUUUUUCCAAGGGGCGCUCCACACGCCGAACAUGGGAGAAAAAGUUGCCCAGGUUCUUUCACUUGGUGCUGAUGUCCUCCCAGAAUACAAACUCCAGUCACCAAGGAUACACAAGUGGACUGUACUUCACUAUAGUCCAUUCAAAGCUGUCUGGGACUGGAUUAUUCUUUUACUUGUCAUGUACACAGCAAUAUUUACACCUUACACGGCAGCCUUCCUUCUUAACGAGCCUGACUAUACAACUUCAAGAAAAACAAAAAAGUAUGGAGAUGACCCCCUCGUUAUAGUAGAUCUCAUCGUGGACGUGACUUUUAUAGUAGAUAUUCUUAUAAACUUUAGGACAACUUAUGUAAAUAAAAAUGAUGAAGUUGUCUCACAUCCAGGAAAAAUAGCAGUUCACUAUUUAAGAGGAUGGUUCCUUAUUGAUUUAGUAGCUGCUAUUCCAUUUGACCUUCUAUUGUAUGGAUCGGACACAGAUGAGUUGGGCUUGGAUGCCGAUGAGACAACUACUUUAAUGGGCCUAUUGAAAACAGCAAGACUGUUAAGAUUAGUAAGAGUGGCUAGAAAAAUAGAUAGGUAUUCAGAAUAUGGAGCCGCUGUACUUUUGUUACUUAUGGCUACAUUCGCACUUAUUGCUCACUGGCUUGCCUGCAUUUGGUAUUUUAUUGGAAAUGCUGAAAGACCACAUUUAGAAAGUAAAGUUGGUUGGUUAGAUGCAUUGGCUAAUGAUACGCAUCAGUUUUAUCAUAACAAUACGGGAGGGCCUUCUAUAAAAUCGAGAUACAUCACAGCUCUCUAUUUUACAUUCAGCUCUCUAACGUCGGUUGGGUUUGGUAAUGUAGCGCCGAACACAGAUGCUGAAAAAAUAUUCACAAUUUGUGUUAUGCUGGUUGGAUCUUUGAUGUAUGCCAGUAUCUUCGGUAAUGUAUCAGCGAUUAUUCAAAGACUGUAUUCUGGCACAGCUCGAUAUCAUACACAGAUGUUGAGGGUGAGGGAAUUCAUUCGAUUUCAUCAAAUACCUAAUCCACUGAGACAGCGAUUAGAGGAGUACUUUCAGCAUGCAUGGACUUACACUAAUGGAAUAGAUAUGAACAGUGUGCUGAAAGGAUUUCCAGAGUGCCUUCAAGCUGACAUUUGUUUACACUUAAACAGAAACUUAUUGGAAUCGUGUACGGCAUUUGACGGCGCUUCUCCAGGUUGCUUGAGGGCUUUAUCGCUUAAAUUCAAAACAACUCAUGCUCCACCAGGAGAUACAUUAGUACACAAAGGAGAUGUGUUAACAUCUUUGUAUUUUAUUUCAAGAGGAUCAAUUGAGAUCCUGCGAGACGAAAUAGUAAUGGCUAUUUUAAGUAAAGAUGAUAUUUUUGGAGAGAAUCCAUGUGGACAUACUACUAUAGGCAAAUCAAAGUGUAACGUUAGAGCUCUCACAUAUUGUGAUCUCCACAAAAUCCAUCGGGAUGAUUUGUUGGAUGUUUUAGAACUCUAUCCAGAGUUUUACCAUACUUUCACAUCAAAUUUGGAGAUCACAUUUUAUUUGAGAGAUGAAGAGCAAGCUGGUGUGGAUCCUUGGGCUAGCCGGCAAACAAGAAAAGUAACAUCAAGGACAAAUUCUCAAGAUCUUGGUACGGGAGAAGUUGGCGGUGGUGGUAAUUUUGACAUGGAUUUUAGAAGAAAUUACUACAGGCCUUCUUUAAGAACCAGUGUCGAGAGAGGUCCUUCUAUGGAAGAAAAUGGAGAUUUACAUGAGAAGUGCCUUGGUCAUGGUAUUCUAGAGUUCUCGACAGAAAAGGCAGGACAAGAUGUCACGCCUUUGAAUUUACAAUUUAAUGAAAAUGGUCAUCGCUCAAAUACCAUCAGCUCAAUUACUGGCAUGUUCAGCCAACUGAAGCGCAGCCUCACAGAUCUGCGCUUGCAUGGCCUCAACAGUAAACAACCACCGAAAGAAGACUCUUCUAACGGGCGAUCAGCAGAUACAAGAAUGAAACAUUCGGCAAGCUCACAAAAUGUGAGACGUCAAGAUAUCAGGGUUGCUUCGGCUACUACUUCAGACUCUUCAAGAGAAACACAACCUCUUCUUGACCACCAAGCUCCAAUUUCAGAAGGAUUACCUACAGGGACUGAAACUCUGGAUGAGUGCCAUCUGAGCAGUACCUCACAUUAUACAACACCUGGUUCAGCCAGUCCCUUACAUUCCAAUGCCCUCCUCAAAGCCCAUCAACAAGGGCCUACUUCUGUGAUAACAUACCCCUCAACCCACAUUGAACAUAAAUGUUCGCACUGUGGGAUUUCAAAGGCUCGUGUGGAUAGUGAUAUUCAUUUUAGGAUAGAUAAGAUAAGCAGACAAUUAGAUGCACUAGAAAAUUCAGUUUCAAGUGAUGUUAGGCUCAUUCUCUCCAUUCUGAGACAUCAGGGAAGUGGAAAAAGUGGAGAACCACUGAUAGAACAAAAAGAGCAGCAGCCUUGGACCGAGUCCAAACCGCGACCUUCACCUGUAAGACGAAGUUCAAGUGUUCCCCAGAAUGAUUCAGUACCACAAGCUCAAACAAGAAACCAAGACAUUGCUCGACUACCCUAUCCGACACUACAACCUGGUAUCAUUGUACCUCGAAGAAGUCAGUCUCAGCCUGUGGACUUAUCUCAUCCCCAGAUCUUUCAGCAAAGACAUAAUGAUGAAGCUAUCAUAUCACCUACUUAUACAGAUAGGAGUGAUGGUAGCAACGAUACUUGGAGAGGAUUAAGUGAUCUUGGAAGAAGGAGGCAGUUAUUACCAACUCGUUGUGUCACAAGCAGUGAAGAAGUUGAUCCUCCACCUCUACAAGCACCCAUUGCAAGACUUGAUUCCCUCCAAGAAAUGGAGUCUGCAUUAGUAUCUUCUCACUCCAGUUUGUCUGACAACCAACCUGAUUCAAAGUCAUCACAAGUAUAUUCAAAGUGCUAAAGGACUCUUCCAUGAUUUAACUCGUCUUUCAAGAUUAUUACAUCACGCAAAUGUUCCCAUUAUAAGCAUAAUAUCUUAUCAGAGUUAAUUAUAAAAAUCUCAUUAUUAAAUUUCAAAGAGGGGGGAAAAUAGCAAUCCGUUUAAUGAAAUAUAUGAUAAGAUUUUUUUUUAACAGGGAUCAAAAUUUGCAUAAAUUUAUUGUAGCGCCAAGGUUCAAUUUGUAUAUUCCUUCGUAAGAUAUUUAAAUUAAACUGGUUUAAAACGUCAGAAACAAAUUGCUUUCAU